UACACUGGAGAGGAGAACAUUGCGCUUUAAGAAUGUCGUGGAACGUGACUGACACGCUGGAAAAUGAUACCUUCUCCUGCUACGACCCCUCUGUGGUGGGCUACCGCUACUUCGGGGUGCUGUGGGGCUCUGUGGUGACCGUGGUGGGGACGGUGGGGAACAUCCUGACCGUGCUGGCCUUCGCGAUGGACCGCCGGCUGCGGACGCAGUUCAACACGCUCAUCGUCAACCUGGCGCUGGCUGACCUGCUGUACUGCAGCAUCCUGCAGCCCACCAGCGUCGACUCCUACCUCCACCUGCACUGGCGCGGCGGAGCCGGCUGGUGCCGCGUCUUUGGCCUGCUCCUCUUCCUCUCCAACUCCGUGUCCAUCCUCACGCUCUGCCUGAUCGCCGCGGGCCGCUACCUGCUCAUCGCCCGGAGGCCUGUGUACCAGCGGCUCUUCUCCGGCCGCGGCCUGGCGCUGCUGCUGCCUGCCACCUGGGCGGUGGGGCUGGCCAGCUUCGGCCCGCUCUGGCCCGUCUAUGUCUUCACCCCGCAGGUGUGCACCUGCAGCUUCCACCGCACACGCGGGCGGCCCUACUCCACCAUUCUGCUCUUUUUUUACUUCAUCUGCGGCCUGGGCUGUGUGGGCCUCUUCUACCUGCUCAUCUACCGGCGGGUGCGAGUGGCCGCCCGCGCGCUUGUCAAGUACCGCUUCAGCCGCCGCUCAUCCCGCCGGAAGCCCGAGGGGGGUGAGGCCACCACCGAAGGGGAUAGCGGCGUGGGUAGCGGGGUGCCGACGCGCAGCUGUGAAAUCAGCGGCACAUCCGUCGAGGUCCCCGUUGAGACCCGCCCGGCUGCCGACCCUCCGAGCGCACCGCCCAACCCAUCCCAGAGGCCUCUGAGCCGUGUGGAGGGAGACCAGCCCGCCCGCGUGGCACCCGCCAGUGUGGUGCCCGUCCGCACGGCCCCCGCCGCCGCCCCCGCCCCCGCCAGCGACGACGGGGAGUUCCACCGUGUCACGCGCAUGUGCUUCACCGUCUUCCUGUGCUUCGUGGGCUGCUUCGCCCCCUUCAUGCUGCUCAACAUCCUGGACGGCCGCGGCCGCGCCCCGCAGGUGGCGCACAUGUUCUGCGCCAACCUCACCUGGCUCAACAGCUGCAUCAACCCCGUGCUGUACGCCGCCAUGAACCGGCAGUUCAGCCAGGCCUACCGAGCCCUGCUGUCCCGCGCCGCACACCCCCUCACCCGCCUCUGUGCACCGUGAG